UUUGGAGUAAAAGAAAGCUGAACUGGAAGCGGGAGCGCUCAGCUGAGGCAGGACGUGUAGUCGAUAGUCGAGCAGCUAACAAGUUUCUGGAAGUUUCCAGCAGCUUCUCGUGUUGACGAGCAGGAGGGAGAGAAGGCUCAGGGCCGGCCGACGGUCACACGUACUUGGAGCCGCCACCACUUGCAGUUAUUCUCGCUAGUUGAGCUCCGCGACGGGUCGGUGCUACUGAAGGCUGGCUAGCUAGCUAACGCGGGGCUCUAAAGGCUAAAGCUAGCAGUUGCUCGGGCGGCAAGCUAGUUGCUAUUGCUAACGCUGUCAUGUUCGGCUGCUUGGUGGCCGGCAGGCUGGUGCAGACCGACGCGGUCCAGGUGGCCGCGGACAAGUUCGUCUUCAACCUCCCGGAGUAUGAGAGCGUCAACCACGUGGUGGUGUUCAUGCUCGGCACUGUGCCGUUCCCGGCCGGCAUGGGCGGGGCGGUCUACUUCUCCUUACCGGAGCCUUCGAGCGGGGCGGUGUGGCAGCUGCUCGGCUUCAUCGCCAAUGACAAGCCCAGCGCCAUCUUCAAGAUCUCCGGGCUCAAGGCGGGCCAAGGCGGGACGGCGCACUCCUUCGGCGCCGUGGCCAGUUCUCCCUCCGUGGCCCAAGUGGGCGUGUCGGUGGAGCCGCUGGAGCUGCUGGCCCAGCAGACCCCGGUGUCCGGUGCCGCCGCCGCCACCACGGACACGCUGCGGCUUUUCACGCAGAAGAUGUUGGACAGUUUAUACAACUUCGCGUCGUCCUUUGCCGUCACGCAGGCGCAGAUGACGCCCAGCCCGAGCGAGACUUUCAUCCCGGCCAGCUGCGUCCUCAAGUGGUACGACAACUUCCAGCGGAGGAUGAACCAAAACCCCAAUUUUUGGAAGAACUGACCCUGGUCCACCGCAUCUCACCCGGCUUGUAGACUAGGAGUGUCCGAACGGCGGCCCGCCGCUCAUUUUGGAAGAUUCCAAAAAUACUUUUGAAAAAAUCAGCAAGAAGUGGAAAUGUAAUGAGAAAAAGUUGCAAAGUCGACUCCAAGAAUUUCAAUACAAUAAAUAGUAAACUUUUUUUUUAACUGCCGUUGCUCCAAAAAUAAUCAUGAUUUGAAAUAAAUGUUAUGAAUUAUUGACCUA